AUGGCUUCGCCGGUGCAUACAUCGCCCAGCCAGUCCGGGCGCGAACUGGGCAAGUACGAGAAUGGGAAGUGGUAUUGUUGCUGCAACCUUGAAGCAGCUUUCUAUACGGUGAAAAAGGAAGGCUCGAACAAGGGGAGGCGCUUCCACAGGUGCCCGAAAUGGGACGACCAACAAUGUCGUUUUUACCUGUUCGAGGAUGAUGCAAAGAACUCGCCUUCCACAAGGAGCCCGAACUCGGUUCCCAACUCCCGCGUCCAAGUUAAAAGGAACAGCUUAAUUCAGGCUAUCCGUAAUCGUCGCGCUCGUCGCGACUUGCCAGACUCCGAGGGCGCGUCCACCAUCACCGAGGGGCCAAUUUAUUCGCCGGCGAGUAGCAGAUUUCACACCCCGGCCUCCCAUCGGUCCUUUCUCAGGACGCCUCACCUAUCAGAGCCAGAUUGGGGUUCUGAGGAAGACGAAGGUACUAGCGGCACGGCGGACGGAUGGCGUCAGCCUAGUCGCAACAGGUACGCCGAUCUGCCGACUCCUACACCAAAGAGAAAGCGACCAGAAACAGAGGGCACGAACGCUGGAGCGGAUGCCGGGGGUCCCGCAGGCGACGCCGAGUUUUCGCAGAUCGAUGUCGACGAGGAGGAGUUAGCGGAAAUGGCGGGUGAAGCUGCUAACCAAGGUCGACCAGCGGCACCGGCCCAGCCGCCGCGACCAUCCCAGGGAAGCGACUUUCGCGUUACCCCCAGCCGAAUAGGCAUGCGUGCGGCCUCGGGCGGGCUGCAGACUCCCAGCUCUCGUAGCAAUGUCACUAACCCCGCAUCCGGUAAUAAUGGACUCAACCCGGGGUCCGGCAAUAGCUUCACUUCUUUGGUAUCCGGAACCACGGCCGUCGAAGCGUCGCAGCCAGGAUCCAAGCGGCGCAGAACCACUCAGCGAUUUGCAAUAUCAACACCGACAGCGUCCCGAAGUAGUAGUCAGGGUGACGCCGAGACAACCACAACAAUAAUGGACCUGCUGAAGGUGGGAGAGCGCAUAUCGCCGUUGCUCCGCGAGAAGGUGCUUGAGUGCCACAGGCGGGUUCAAAACAAGCGGCUUCAAACAAUCGAAGCUCAGCUGAGGUUUGCCCUGGAUGCCGCGGAGGAGAAGGAGGUGCAGAAUGCUAGGCUGGUUCGGGAGAUUGCCAUGCAGCGUAUGGAGAUCUCGGGGCUGAAGGACGAGUUGCAGGCCUUGUUCGGUCUCGUUGCAGCACGGUACCAGAAUGACCAGAACGACGAUGACAUUGGGCACUGAACGUCGGGUGGCCUGUGUGGUUCGCACAGGUGCGAGAUCAUGGACAGCAUCUCGAAUAGCCGGUCAUUGAAUCCAUCGGUCUCUGGACGAGAAAUGUCCAACUGCGACCCAAGGUGCUACAGCCCCAUCAGGGCUGAGGGUCCUGCUGGUAUCCGUAACACGGGACUGCAACGCGGAUCACCUCCGAGCCGUCAGGCGAGGACUGGGGAGGUAUGCACUGGCUGAACUCUAGCGUGAGGUC